AUGCGUGGACUGGCGCUUUGUAGCUGCGGCCCCACAGGUCGGGUUACCAAGAGCGCAACUCUUCUCAAGCAGAUGGUGGAGUACAAUAUAUUCGACUUCGUUUUUUGUUUCAGCGGCGUCUCCACCAUCGACUCAAUGGUUGUUCCCGCGUUGUCUCGGUUCCUGGAGAAUGUUUUCGUGUAUGACAUGAAACCGUGGGAGGCUCUGGAGCGCUCGUUUGGGGAGGAUCGUCAUGCUCUAGAAGCAUCACCCGUCGUCCUGUGUUUCUCUGGAAGGAGAUACACUGGUGACUCGUAUGAGCGAGUGGUAGAAUCGCGCAUGUUAGCAUACUCCAGUUUCGCCGACUCCCGUCCAUGGGGCCUGGACAUGUUUUGCUGCGAAAAUUGCGGCGGGCCGUCUCAAAACAUCAAGUUCAACGCAUGCGGGCGGAAGUCGUACGGAAACAAGUGGCUGCAAACGAAGAUGAAGUAUUAUUGCCGACAGUGCAAGGUGUCGAAGCAGGCCAUCCCAGCACCGGACUGGGUCAACAGCUGUCGCUCGGACAACAUGUAUCGCGUGUGGUACAAUUGGCCGCUUACCAAUGAGCAGCUUGCGAGCAUCGGCGUCCGUUACUAA